UUAAAUAGUUGGGCUGCAAGCCGUUCCAAUAAGAUCAUCGUUCACAGAGAGAAAACGAUCGCGUUUCAGAUCGCUCUUUGACUUCGAAGUGUAAAGAAACGCGUCGGAAAAACGACAUGAAGUUACUGGUUUUUUUGUGCGCGCCGUCGUUUUAAGCCGAGAAGAAAAAGUAACAAAAGAAGCAGCAAGGGAAAAUUAAAAUUGGCUGCAAGUGCGUGUUUUGAAAGUUUAAUAACCAAGGGUUAAACGAAGUUAGUUAAUUGAAAAAGGCACAGAAAGUAGUUACCGAAAAUGAAAAGAUAAUGGGAAAGAGCGAAAAAAAAGCUGACGCAAGUUCAAGGUGUUGAGUUUGUGCGCGUGUGUGUCACCUUUAGUUUUCGACAUUCUGCAAUUGUGAUUUUAGGUCUUUGUAGAAUUCUUGGCACACCUUCGAUUUUUAGUAAUUAACGCGAAAUAUUGCGAAACGAAGCGGUAAAGAAAACAAAAUGGUGCGAAAGUGGUAACAAACGAAAUGCGAAGCAUAUCAAUCAAAACGAAAUAAAUAACCCGAAUUGUGUCCAUGUGAUUCAACGAUUUUAUGAUUCGAUUCGAUACGACCUUGAGAAGCAUAGGUUUUAUGUUGGUGAUUUUGACUUUUAUCGAAACGAAACCAAUUCGCUACUGGGAUUAGGCGAACUAGGGAUUAUACGACUAUGGAACCCGGAAUUUUAAUUGAUGAGAGACAGCACAUACAGAAGAAAACAUUCACAAAAUGGAUCAAUUCACAUCUUAUCGACACCCAGUGCACACCAGUGAAGGAUUUGUUCUUGGACCUGCGGGACGGACAUCGAUUGCUGGCCCUGCUGAGCACCCUGACUCAAACAAACCUGAAACCCGAAAAAGGCCGGAUGCGAGUGCACCACAUCAACAAUCUGAACAAGGUGAUUACCGUGAUCCAGCAGCACGGCGUCAAGUUGGUGAACAUCUCCAGCGAUGACAUAGUGGGUGGCAAUGCCAAGUUGACCCUAGGCCUCAUUUGGCUGAUAGCGCUGGAGUUUAAUGGCCAGCAUCUAGUCAAGAGUCACUCGAGCAACGGGGUAGAGAAGUCCUUAUUGGCCUGGGCACGUCAGUAUACGGAAGCUCAUGGCCUGCAGCUGAAUGAUUUCUCCAGUUCGUGGUCCGACGGAAGAGCCUUCCUCAUGAUACUGGCUGCUCAUGUGGAGGAGUUGAGUUUGCAGGCGGCUUUGCAGCAACAUGCACUGAAAAGACUGCAUUUGGCUUUCGAUUUGGCACACAGGCACUUCAAGAUCGAAAAGCUGCUGGAUGCGGAGGAUGUGCACACCCACAAGCCAGACAACAAGUCAAUUCAGAUGUAUGUGAUGUGCCUUUACCACGCGAUGGAAUCCAUGAGGACCAGGCAGCAGGAGCAGGAGCAGGAGCACGAUGAGGGACAGGAUCAGGAUCCGGGGAGAGUGCCCUGCACCAGCAUCACAGACUUGGAUGAGGUGCCUCUGGACAAUGACCAAACCACCUUGGGACUUUACACCUCAGACAGUGCUGGUAGCAUGGAGCAGCGAUCCUCGGGAGAGCUGAAGACCCACUCCAUGCGUCCCCUGAGCACGGCUACCAAUGCGAGUGUGGAGAUCAGUGGCUACCAGUCUGCUCUGGAGGCAGUACUCACCCUCCUACUGGAAGAUGAACAGCUGCUCUCGCAGAACUUGCCGGAUCCCCAGGACUUUCAGACUGCCAAGCAGCAGUUUCACGAAAACGAAAGCUUUAUGCUGAAGCUAACCGAACAUCAGGAGUAUGUGGGAGAAGCUCUGGAGGAGGGUAGCAACCUCAUCAACGAAUCCCAGAAGGCAGGAGCUGGAUUGAGUGCCGACGAUCAAAACGAGGUGAGGCAACAGAUGGUGUUGCUCAACGAACGUUGGGAAACCUUGAGAUUGCGCGCCUUAGAUGUUCAGGCCAAAAUUCUAAUGAGACUGGCCGAGUUUCAGAAGCAAAAACUCGAAAAGCUUCGCCAGUUUCUGACCAGUGUUGAGGAUCGUAUAUCCCAUAUGAGUGAUAUAGGACCUACCCUGGAAGAAGCUGAAAAGCAACUAUUGGAGGCCCAAAAACUCAAGGCAGAUCUAAGUGAACAGCAGGAGUUGGUGGAUAGUCUGAGCAGUAUGGUGGUCAUUGUAAACGAUACCUCUGGCAACUUCAAUGAUCUAGAAGAUCGCUUGAGCGCCUUGGGCGAGAGAUGGUCGCAUGUGGUCAAAUGGAGUGAUCUGCGAUCCGAGAAACUGCAGCAGUAUAAAUGCAUUUCCAGAUGGCUGGAUGCCCGCGAGCAGGAUCUCAAGCUCAUGGAGAGUAGGGAUGUCACAGAUGUGGGUGGCAUUACCCAGCGUAUUAACGAGCUAAACUAUUGUGCCAAGGAUCUGUUGGAGCUGCAGAGAUAUCUGAUAGAUCUGCGGCAAAUGGUGGCUGCCACCUUGCAGGAUGGUGAUGACAAGGGCGAACGGGUACUCAUCCAGUUGGAGAGCUACGAAGAUCGCUUAGAUGCCCUAAAGCAGAUUGUUGAAGUGCAAACUGUGCGAAUCGAAACCAAGGGCUUCAACUUUGGACGAGAUCGUGCUAGCUAUGAUGACAGUAGGGUUGUGCGACCUGAAGGUUGGGUGGACUACCAGAUGAUCAUUCGCUUCGGUGAAGAGGAUUGUCGGGAAGACGAUGAGGAGCAUAAUUUGGCCAGCAAAAAGCGAAAGCUUAGGAACGCCGACAAUUUCAAUGCCCUCGAGAAUCACAUCAUGGAGCACUUCGGCUAUGUCCAGGAAGUGGAGCAAAAGCUACAGCAGUUACAGCGACAAAGUCUUCGGCAGCAGUGUGAAUUACUCAAGGAACUUCAGGCGGAAAAUAGCCGACGCUACGGUACUCUGCCGGAACUUAAGAAACUCUACGAAGUCUGUGAGCUGGAGGAUCCGUCGAGGAACCUGCUGCUGGAAGAAACCCACAUCAAGCAGCUGGAGCAAAGAUACGCGAACCUGUCUCAAAAACUAUCAAGCCAACAGAGCGAAAGCAAUACGCUGUUGGCCAAGGAAAAGUAUUACAAUAGUCUGACAGGAUUUAAAUUAGUUUUAGCUGAUUCCAGAGAUUGGUAUAAGCAGCACGCUGGUUCAGCCAGUGGCAACGAGCUAGAACAGCGUUUGAGCCACAUGGAAUCCCUGGCAUCGGAGAUUUCAGAGGCCAAGGCGGCCACCGAGGAGCUCGAUGAUAAUCUUAUAGAAUGGAAGCAGGACUUCGGUCUGUUCUACGACAGCUGGCAUGACAUGAAGCAGGCUCUGCAGGCCCUAAUCCAACAGAGAGGCGGAGAAAGUCUUUCCAGACAGUUGAAACAAAUCCAAGAAUUUGUAACCAAAGUGUCUAAUCUAAAGGUCCGCGUCUCCAACUUGGAAGUCAUGCAGAAGCAGCAGCAUUUGCUGAACCAACUGGUAGAUGAACUGGAGUCCCUACGGCUAACUUAUGAUAACAUACCGAGACACCUGAUUGGCGAGGAGCUACAAGCCACUUGGAACCGACUUCCCGAGCAGCUAAGUGAGCGCGUGAUCAAGCAAACCACAGCUAUUGAAAACCUAAACCACUUUGCUGCGGAGUAUAAUGCCAUUAUAGCCGUGUUGCGAGGUGCAGCCGAUUCCAAGUUGAAUGGAUGUGACAGCGGAAGCAGUCAAGAUCUUCGCAAACUGGAGAUCGAUGUGAUAAGCGCUCGGAAUUUCAGCGAAAUCCUGAUCAAGGAGGCGGAACCAGCCCAAAAGGAAUCGCUGCAAUCGCAGAUUAGGGCUCUCAACACCUUGUACGACCAAGUGGAGCAGGCUCAUCGGGAGAAGAAGCAACAGCAGACGAUCCUGCAGUCCCAGAUUGAUCUCAUCCAGCUGAGGCUCAAGAAAACUGAUCAGUGGUUAACCGAUCUGGAGAGCAAUACACCCAAAUCGGGAAUUAGCGACAUAGGAAACUCCAACGAGUUGUUCCAGAGCAAGAGCCGCUUUCAGACUCUUAAGGAAACCUGCGAAAGGGAAACCACCCAGUUCAGGGAUCUCAACGAACGCGGUGGCGAGCUGCUCCUCCAAAUGGAUGAGCUUCAGGGCCAGGACAGGGAGUCCCGCUACGGAUCGCUGGCCAAGCAAUUCACACGCAUCAAUGCCAGGUGGACGGAGGUCACCGAGCUGGUUUAUGCGAAGACAGCUCUGCUCGAGCACAUAUCAACGCAGCUGGGGGAGUUCAAGAAGUUCAUGGUUAGCGAGACGGGUUACCUGGACAAGUUAGAAAACAAGAUACGCAACACGCCAGAGAAUGCAGCCGACGCAGAGGAGAUCAUGGAGGAACUCGAUGAUCUGGAGAAUGUGCUGCGCUCGCACUCGGAGGAAUGGCUGGACAAGAUUCAGGAAAUUGGCAACGAGCUAAUUGACAACGAAUUCAUGGCCGACUCCAUGCGACGCGACAUCGAUGACACCGUCCAACGCUGGACCCAACUCCAGCAGCAGGCCAAGAAGCGAACCGAGCUCCUGGAGCAAAAGGUCAGCGAGGCGGAGCAGUCCGAGAAGUGCAUCGUGCAGUUCGAGAAGUGGCUGACCCGCGUGGACGACAUACUCAGCGAUCAUCUGGAGAACGAUGUGACCAUUGAAGAUCUGCCGGAGGAUUUCCAGCGCCUGGCACGCGAGUUUGUGGCCAAUGAGAAAAACUUUAAGGAAAUCAGCGAGCUCAUUGACGAGCACACCAGGAACGGCAAGCUCGGAGCUGCCAAUCGCCUCCAGGAGCAGCUGAAUCUGAUGGAGGUGCGCUUUAAGUACUGCCAGGCCAAGCUGAGCAAGUGCACUGCACCCCAACCUGCCUACGAAUCGCGUUUGAAUAGGGCCUAUGCCGAUCUUCGGAAUGUGGAGCGCUCCACUCUGGUACUGGAUGUCGCCUCCGCCGGACCCAAUACGGUUCAGGCUCAAUACCAAAAGUGUCUGCAAAUUUAUCGCACUCUGUCGGAGAUAAAGGCGGAAAUCGAGAGCACGAUCAAAACCGGUCGCAGGGUUUGCGAGGACCGGUACACAAAAUCCCCAAAGCAACUCAGUCAGCGGAUUGAUGCGCUGAAGCACCUGUUCAAUGCCCUCGGAGAGAAUGUGACCCAGUCAAAGGCGUUCCUGGAAAGUCUGCUCACAUUGGCGAGGCAAUUGGAGGAGUGUUUCGAUUCGGCGGACACCCUAAUCCGGCGCUUUGAGUCGCCGCAAGAGGUGCACGACAGGAACUCCAUACUGCUGGAGUUCGAGGAUGUGCUGCGAAGGUGCGAGGACCACUACAAUGAGUACAGCAAAUCCUGCGACCAGAGCUGCAUGGUGGAAACCCGUCAAAGGAUCGAUGGAUUGAAGGCCACGUACCACAAGUUGACCAGUGCGGACAUAAUCAAGCGGCUCACCGAGAUGAAGGCCACCCUGCAGAACCUGGACAAUAUUUCCCUGGAGACCCUAAAGGCAAUGGAGCACGACCUGAAGGAGAUAAAUGUGCCUUCGAAUCCGGAAAUUGAGAAAUUGCAGCAGCAAGUAAUUGCAAUUGUCGUGGAUGCGCUGAAAACCCGUUUCAAUGAGGCCACAACACUUGCCGCUCGAAAUACAAGCUCUCCCGAAAAUGACGACACGGAAAUAGUUGUUGUCAGCGAUACAGUGCGUCAACGACGUGCCAGGACACCCCAAUCAGGGGAAUCCCCAUCAUCCGCCCACACCAGCUCCUCCGAGUCGCCCACGAAGGGCGUGGAAAAUAAUCCGGCAGCGGUUGGCGACCAAGUCCUGCCGGAUCUACUCCCACCACAAACAUUCCGGCUGGCCGAGUCCAGUACGCUGUUCUCCCAGAUUUCCCUUAAUCCCGAGAAGCUGUCCAAGACUCCACCACCCAAGCCGGCGAAAACAAAGCGCAAGGCGCCAAGUUCUCCCGCCCAAGUUGUGGAGAUCAAGGUGAAGAACAUCCACAACGAUAAAAUGUCAGUGCAGAAUAUUGAUCUGGAACCACAGCAGGGUGAAAUCGUGGACACCGUUAAUAUCCUGGAGAGUGUGGAACCCUUUGUACCCGAGUAUGUGGAGACUGUACAGAUUGUAGAUCUCUCCGAGGACUCGGAUUCAUCGGUUAGAGUUGAUAGCCAGGGCAAGGAGGUGCGACGGUCGCAGAGCAAGCACUCCUUGAACGAUGCUCCACUGCCCAAGGUUUCGGAUAACGAUGAGGAGUCGGCGGAACAGGAGGAGGACCUCCUGCGUCCCUCGGCUGGAAAUACAAGCACGCCGUUCCUGAGGGUGGAAAAACACCGCAUCUCCUUCGAUGAGAAACGCAAACGAGUAGCGAAUGAGCGCGAUAUCCUGCGAGAUUCCGAAGAGGAGGAACCGAAAACACCGGAUACUCCCCGGCCAGCGCAAGUAUCCAAGCCAAAACGCUGGCGCCAGCUUCAGCCAGAAAUGGAUGCCUUGGAACCCGAAUCACCCGCUCGCGAUAGUUUCUAUAGUCCGGACAAAGAAUCCGGUUUCGAUGCUGAACCUCUCGUGUUUUCCGACGAUGAGGACAUACCGCGUUUCUCGCUGGAAAUGACACCAACCAUUGACUCCGAUAGUGAUACGAGUCGCAUUGAGACGCCCUCCACCAAAAAGCCCAAUCCUUUCCUGAGCAAGGUCCUUGAAUCGAUGCCUUCUCCGGUGGAUGACUCUAAUGUAACGCUCAAAAGUCCGCUCAGCGAACAGCAGCCCCAGAAUCUGGAUGAUCGUGUUCGGGAGUUCGAUAAGCAGGCCAAGCAGAUGAUCUACAAGUUGAAGCUUACCAAGGCCAAGAUUGAACAGUGUCACGAAAGCGAAGCAGAGGAUCUGCGGCUCCUAAUAGCUCCCGAUGCAGCCACCCUGAUAUCCCAGGGAGACUCCUUGGUACUGGAAACCCAUGGAAGACAGGGCAGCAUUUCCCGCCUGGUGAUGCGCACCCAAAUAAUACUGAGAGAACAGUUUCGGGAAGUGCAGCAAGCUAGAUCGAAGACCUCGGGAAGUGGGACGCCAGCUCCUCCACUGGACAGCGUGAACAUCGAGGAACUGGUCACCAAGGGACUGCGGCGCAUCAACGUUCUCAUCGAAAAGACCGUCGAUCUGAAGUCUAGCAGCGAUCUGGAGAAGCGCAUGGAGGAUAUCAAUGAGCGGCACGACGAUUUGCAGGUGAUUGUCAGCGCCAUUGGCAAGAACGCCCAGAUGCCGAAGGUCACGCCCCUCAUGAUGAACGAAAUUGAAAAGACGAAAAACAAUUUGAUAGCUCAUGCGGAUUCCAUUGAGCUCUCGUUGACGGAACUAAGAAAUGGCCCCCGAAUUUUCAAUGGCAAGGAGCGCCCAGAUGCAUCCAGUGCGGCCACCAUGAGCUGUCGUUCGGAGUACAAUAACGAGCCGAGUGGUACUGGAGCGUUGGCCGGCAGCUUCGAUAAGUCGGUGCUGCAAAUUUCCGACUGGCUGACUUGGGAACAAAACAUGAUCAAGAUACAGAGCGUGCUCGUCGACGAUGGCGAUGCAGUGCGACUGGCCAUCGAGAAGCAAGAGAAAGUCCUGCGUGAAUUGAAAAUGAAAAAGCCGCAGCUCAACGAACUGGUUCACACGGCGGAAGUGCUCAAAGGCGACGUAAAACGGCAGCAACUGCAGGAGAAAGUGACCCGAUUGCGAGAACACUGGGAUGAGACGUCACAAUGUGUCCUGCAGCGAGCUGCCCAACUCAAAAACAUGCUGAGCGACUCACAGCGGUUCGAGGCCAAGCGCCUGGAGCUCGAGAAAUGGCUGGCCCGCAUGGAGCAGCGGGCCGAGCGCAUGGGAACCAUCGCCACCACAGCCGACAUCCUGGAGGCCCAGCAGAAGGAGCAGAAGUCCUUCCAUGCGGAGUUGCACCAGAACAAGCAACACUUCGAUAUCUUCAACGAGCUGACCCAGAAACUGAUUGCUGUCUAUCCCAAUGAUGAUACCACCAGGAUCAAGAAGAUGACGGAGGUCAUCAAUCAACGGUAUGCUAACUUAAACAACGGAGUCAUCAAUCGUGGCAAGCAACUGCAUGCAGCGGUGCAUAGCCUUCAAUCCUUUGAUCGAGCCAUGGAUCAGUUCCUAGCUUUUCUUUCGGAAACGGAAACACUUUGUGAAAACGCCGAGUCUGACAUUGAACGCAAUCCAUUAAUGUUCAAGGACCUACAAUCGGAAAUUGAAACCCAUCGCGUGGUUUACGAUCGUCUCGAUGGAACCGGCCGCAAACUUUUGGGUUCGCUCACCUCACAAGAGGAUGCGGUUAUGCUGCAGCGUCGCCUCGAUGAAAUGAAUCAACGUUGGAAUAAUUUAAAAUCGAAAAGUAUUGCAAUCAGGAAUCGCCUGGAGUCCAAUUCGGAGCACUGGAACGCCCUGCUAUUGUCGCUCCGCGAACUGACCGAGUGGGUUAUCCGCAAGGACACCGAACUGAGUACUUUGGGCUUGGGUCCUGUUCGAGGCGAUGCCGCCAGUCUACAGAAACAGUUGGACGAUCAUAAAGCCUUUCGCCGCCAAUUGGAGGAUAAGCGGCCAAUUGUCGAGAGCAAUUUAACGAGCGGUCGUCAGUACAUCGCCAACGAAGCAGCCGUCUCGGAUACCAGCGAUACGGAGGCCAACCAUGAUUCCGACUCGCGUUACAUGUCCGCCGAGGAGCAGAGCCGUGAGCUAACACGCAGCAUCCGGCGGGAGGUGGGAAAACUUUCCGAGCAGUGGAACAAUCUAAUCGAUAGAUCUGACAAUUGGAAGCAUCGCCUGGAUGAGUACAUGACGCCGCAAUCCGUAUCGGUUGUAUCGGAAAUUCUAAUUUCCAACACGCUCAAAAAAAUGCGUCAGUUCCAGAAGAUCCUGGAGGAUCUCAGCUCCCGCGUCGCCCUGGCUGAGCAGACAAAGACCGCCUGGCUGCCACCCUCCUCCGUGGGCGAGGCCAAUGAGCAGAUGCAGCAGCUCCAGCGGCUGAGGGACAAGAUGACGACGGCCAGUGCGCUGCUGGAUGACUGCAAUGAGCAGCAGUCCUUCUUCACCGCCAACCAGGUGCUGGUGCCCACGCCCUGCCUCUCCAAGCUGGAGGACUUGAACACGCGCAUGAAACUCCUGCAAAUCGCCAUGGACGAGCGCCAGAAGGUCCUUUGCCAGGCUGGAGCCCAGCAGACGCACGAGAACGGCGACGACGGACGCACCACAUCGAACAGCGGCACCAUUGGACCACUGCCCAAUCUCGGCCAGAGCGUAAAGCCGCCCUGGGAGCGCGCCACCACAGCCGCCAAUGUGCCUUACUACAUCGACCACGAACGCGAGACCACGCACUGGGACCAUCCGGAGAUGAUCGAGCUGAUGAAGGGCCUGGCCGAUCUCAACGAGAUACGCUUUUCCGCCUACAGAACGGCCAUGAAACUGCGUUCCGUUCAGAAGCGACUGGCUCUCGACAGGAUCAGCAUGUCCACCGCCUGCGAGUCCUUCGAUCGGCAUGGCCUGCGCGCCCAAAACGACAAGCUAAUCGACAUACCCGACAUGACCACGGUGCUGCAUUCGCUCUACGUGACAAUCGAUAAAAUUGAUUUGACGCUGAUGCUGGACCUGGCCAUCAACUGGAUCCUGAAUGUGUACGACUCGCAGAGGACCGGCCAGAUCCGAGUGCUCAGCUUCAAGGUCGGACUGGUCCUCCUCUGCAAGGGCCACCUGGAGGAGAAGUAUCGCUAUCUGUUCCGCCUGGUGGCAGAUACUGACCGACGGGCGGACCAGAGGCGACUGGGGCUGCUGCUGCACGACUGCAUUCAGGUACCCCGCCAACUAGGCGAAGUAGCCGCCUUUGGUGGCUCCAACAUAGAGCCCUCGGUGCGGUCCUGCCUGGAGCAGGCUGGCAUCUCGCAGGAGGCCAUCGAUGGCAACCAGGACAUCUCCAUCGAGCUGCUGCACUUCCUCGGCUGGCUGCAGCACGAGCCGCAGAGCCUCGUGUGGCUUCCGGUGCUCCAUCGGCUGGCGGCGGCGGAGGCGGCCAAGCACCAGGCCAAGUGCAACAUAUGCAAGGAGUACCCGAUCGUGGGCUUCCGCUACAGAUGCCUCAAGUGCUUCAACUUCGACAUGUGCCAAAAGUGUUUCUUCUUCGGCCGCAACGCCAAGAACCACAAGCUCACGCAUCCCAUGCACGAGUACUGCACCACGACCACAUCCACCGAGGACGUCCGUGACUUUACUCGCGCCCUGAAGAACAAAUUCAAGAGUCGCAAAUACUUCAAGAAGCACCCAAGAGUGGGUUACCUGCCCGUUCAGAGUGUUUUGGAGGGAGAUGCGCUGGAGAGCCCGGCGCCCAGCCCGCAGCACACAACCCAUCAGCUCCAGAACGACAUGCACUCCCGCCUGGAGAUGUACGCCUCCCGGCUGGCUCAGGUGGAGUACGGCGGAACGGGCUCGAACUCCACGCCGGACAGUGAUGACGAGCACCAGCUGAUCGCUCAGUAUUGCCAGGCUCUGCCCGGGACCUCAAAUGGAAGUGCGCCGAAGUCGCCGGUCCAAGUGAUGGCCGCCAUGGAUGCCGAGCAGCGGGAAGAACUGGAGGCUAUCAUACGCGAUCUCGAGGAGGAGAACGCCAACCUGCAGGCGGAGUACCAGCAACUGUGCAGCAAGGAGCAAAGUGGCAUGCCCGAGGACUCCAAUGGCAUGCAGCACUCCAGCUCCAGCAUGACGGGUCUCUCUGGCCAGGGCGAGCAGGGCCAGGACAUGAUGGCGGAAGCGAAGCUGCUGCGUCAGCACAAGGGACGCCUGGAGGCGCGUAUGCAAAUCCUGGAGGACCACAAUCGCCAGCUGGAAGCCCAGCUGCAGCGACUGCGCCAGCUUCUAGAUGAGCCCAAUGGCGGUGGCAGCAGCGCCACCAGCAGCGGCCUGCCCAGCGCACCCGGCUCCGCCUUGAACUCCAAGCCCAACACCCUCCAGACCCGCUCGGUGACCGCCUCGCAAUUGAACACGGACUCACCGGCAAAGAUGAACCAACAGAACGGCCACUACGAGCACAACUCAAAGGGAAUUAUGCUGCCGGGCAUGAGCAGCGAGAUGCAGCAGCAGCACGCCCAACUGGCGAGCUUGGCGGCGAAGCAUCAUCAGCACCAGCUGAGCGGGGCCCUGAAUGCGUUGCAUCAACAGCAGCAGCAGCAGCAGCAGCAGCAGUUGCAGCAGCAGCAGCAACAUCCGCAGCAACAAAGGAGCCUGAUGACAGGCAAUGGCGGAAUGGACAUUUCCGGCGGCAUGCAGACAUCGGGCGGAUAUCUGGGCGACGACGGACGUCCACCGCCGCCCCCGCACUCCAGUCUCAUGCAACAGCAGCAACAGCAGCACCAGCAGCACCAGCAGCACUUGAAUGGUGCGGAUAUUAAUGGCAGUCACUGUCACCUUUGUAGCCGGCUCAAUUUUCCGACCACCUCUGUGGAGCUUGUGUUCAGUUUGGUUUUCGUUUGCGGUGCCUACUUUCGGGCGCUGGAUUUUGAUUUCAUUUUCGAAUUGCUUGUGUUGUUUGUGUUGAUGUCGUUUUCCCUGUACAUUUCUGUUGGAACCGAAUUUUGCCCUACAAUUACUAAUCUCCUUUAUUUCUCUGCUCUGCUCUCUUUCUACUGUCCCAAAUCGCCAUGCAGAUCUUGCCUAGAAUGCGUUGGAUUGAAGCGAUAACUCAAGCGGACUGGUGACCGUCAUCACAGAGCAGGAAUUGGAGAGCAUGAACGAUGAUUUGGAGGACACGUCGAGCAGCAAC